AUGGCAGCGCAAAGCAGUGCUUCGAAGCUGGGCGCAUCUCUGAUUUCCGCUCGACCCAACCUGUUACAACAGCCAAGUCACACGACUGGCACAUCGACGGCAUCAGCACCAGACAUCGACCCCACAGUCCCCAGAGGCCUCUCACUAGAGACGAAAUUGCUCGCCAGACAAGUGCUUCAUGCUGACCAGAACCUCGAGCCCAACAAUACCUCCCACCCAUUCAGCCGCAGCAUGGACUGGCUAUUGAGUGCGGUCACUGAAUGCGAAGACCCAAAGCCGCUCGCAACAGACCGGGAGCGCCUUGUCGAGAGCGUGAAAUCGGCAUGCGACAAACACGAUGGAUCCGAGGGGACGAGCCCUGAAAAGAAGAGCGAUGGACACGGUCCGGACACACAUACCAUGGCGGAAGAAGUCGUUGACAUCUGGGCACUACCACAAAUGAGGAAGACUGCCAUUUGA